CUGCGCAGAAAUUCGGUCCCUUCCGUCAACAACAGCUCACUUUACGACUCGAUUCUGGCCAUUGGUUUGCUCUUAAUCGUAACCGCGAAACACUACAGACGUUCCUCGCUACUACAAAUCGAGUACCUUCUAUAAUGUCCGUGUCUACCAGUCAGACACCAUUGUUCACGUUACCAUUGGAGCUUCGUGAGCUAGUAUACAGGGCUGUGCUUACAUCGCCUUUACACGGUCCGGAUCUAUUACGAACCUGCCGGGAAAUCCAUUUCGAGUCCCACAAGUUCCUGUUUGAAAGACCAUUGAGCUUUCGGAGUCAGGUGGCCUUAUUUGAGUGGUUGAGCUUCGUACCACAGGAGUACGUAGACCGGGUCACAGAACUCUCUCUAAACAUCCAAGAUGUCGAUUUGAGGUCAUUACUCACAGCUUCCGCUUUGGUCAGCCACCCAGGAGAUCCACCUCGACUGCUAACAUGGGACCUCUAUGAAGCAGAGCUGGACAGGCUUCUCCAUGCCCUGAAAAAGCUAUCAAAUGUGCGGAAACUUACAAUACGGGCAAUCCCUGGCCGCCAAUCGUUCCUAUAUCGCGAUUUCCUCAAAAGAUUUUUGAGGGUUCUAGGCUUCCUUUUCCCAGAUCUUCUUGAUCUUAGUGUGGUGGGCAACCUCCACCAUCAGGAAUUGUCUUUCUUGGCCGUGUUCACCAAACUACAGGCUUUCUCCUUCGAUGGCUUCUCUGCCUCCUCGCCAAGUGAGACGGCCAAUGUUUUGUCUGGACUAGAACAGCUGACGAGUCUUUCGCUCGUCUCUCAGAGCAGUCUGCUCACGCCGGGUUCUCGGACACGUAGUGACUCCACUACAAGACACCAGUCCUUUACUGGCGGAGUUGUCAAUGGUAUUGACAACCUCAAGUGCUUCUCCGUUACAGAACUCAUCUCUAUUUCUGCACCGACUUUAUUCUUUACGCCAGAGGUACUGAGGUCGUUGCACAAUCACCAGGGCUUGAAGGUCAUCAAAGUUUGCUUAUCUCAGACGCCCAACGACGAUACCAUGGCAGCCUUGGAAAAAUUCCUGGAGCACACCCACAUAAAAACAUUGGAAUUGGAUUGGCCACAACUCAAUGCGCAUAUCUUGGAAACGUUCUCACUCAUCCCAGACGGUCUUGAACGUCUCUGGGUAAGAGCAAAAAGCGCAGCAGAUGCUUUCGAUAUCGUUUGGUCUAUCGCUGAAUGUCGUAAUGCCGGGGACCUCUCCAAUCUGAAAGAGCUUGUACUCUUACGCGCCUCACAAACAUACGGCAAUAUCACACCAGCUACCAACGGCAGGAAGGACAGUGGCACAGGCGAGCUGGUCGAUGACGCAGACACUAUACACCUUGCUUUCAACGACACAGAUGCUAUCAACGUCGUUCGGGCACGAGCACGCUUACAAGCGUUGGGUGUGCGAGUCUCUUGGUGCACGCAAAGUCUAUGGAGACUGAGCACUGCUUGAGAUGCGCAGCGAGCUCUGUGCUGCUACACUUGUUGCAGCUGAGCUUAAUUUAUUCUAUGGCUUCAUAUCCUUGCGGAUAACUCUCUAUAUCGCAGACCAAAUCUUACCAUAUCAAGACAUCUUAUUCUGUGCCAGCUCAUAUUCGAUUAUGGGACACAUCUACUCCAUCGGCUCUUCGUUUGUCUUCCACAUCAGCGUGCCAACACCCGCCCUCCAAAUGCCUCACCCUACAGAGCAUUUUGGUGGUGACAGUGCUCAGCGGCGCUAGCGCUGUUUAUGAUGCAGAUUCCAUCGCAUGCCUCGCAGCAUCGCUUUAACACCUCACCAGGCCCCUACAAAUAUCUACCUUUCCCCGGACACGAUGGCCGUGUGGAAGUUCUUCGUCUUGGAGUGUGUCUUACGGAGAACCAUCUGCUCACCUGAAUACCCGGCCUAGCUGCGCGUCC